AUGUCGACAACCCAAGUACCCGUACUUAUUGUUGGGGGAGGCAUAGUUGGACUCUCGGCUUCCCUCUUCCUCUCAAGCCAUGGUGUGAAGUCGCAAUUGGUCGAGCGCCAUACUGGUACAUCCAUUCAUCCGCGAGCACGUGGGCUUAACCGUCGCACAAUGGAACUCUAUCGUGGACUUGGAAUCGACAAAGAAGUCCGUGCAGCGGGAGCAGCUCUCGCCCCCAGUGAGGGUAUAUACCAGGGCCACUCUCUGGUUGAAGUCAUCGAGAGGCACCCUCGCAAAGAACGCACGGGCCCGCCCAGAAUGCUAGGAGCGGCAUAUUUCAGUUAUCUUGGUCCGGUAGAGGGUACCCGCGGAACUCAAGACAUGAUUGAACCGGUCCUACUGUCAGCUGCUCGUGAUCGUGGAGGCGACGUGAUCUUUAAUACCGAAUGCAUCAGCAUUGAGCAAGAUCCUGACGGAGUAGUCGCAACUAUACGCGACCGGACCACUAAACUUCAGUCGACGAUUCAUGCAGCGUACUUGAUCGCUGCGGACGGUGCAGGUAGUUCAAUUCGGCAGAAUCUUGGUGUUCAGACCACGGGUGUUGGAAGAUUAGGGGCCCUCUUGAGUAUCCUGUUCCAUGCAGAUCUCAGCGAGCUGGUACGAGGUCGAGAAUUCAGCUUGUGCUUGGUCAAUCAGCCAACAGUCAGAGGGUUGUUCACAUCCAUUAACAACCAUGACCGAUGGGUGUUUCAUCUUUCGUAUGACGCCACCACAGAAGAGCCUGGAGACUUUUCUGCCGAACGCUGCGAGGGUUUGCUGAAGCUUGCGCUCGGUCUGUCAGAUGUUGCUAUCGAUAUCAAGAGCAUCAUGCCCUGGGAGCCAACUGUCAGAGUGGCGGAACAAUUCCAACAUGGCCGAGUGUUUCUUGCAGGGGACGCAGCUCAUCAGAUGCCACCAUGGGGCGGGCAAGGAGCAACCACUGGCAUCGCGGAUGUCCACAACCUGGCCUGGAAAAUUGCUGCCGUUUUGAGCGGGCAAGGGAGGCCCGCACUGCUGAAGACCUAUGAUUCCGAACGCCUUCCCAUAGGACGUCUAGUUUCGGAUGAGUCAGGGGUAGCAUCUGAUGCUCAUGGAUUGUUUUCAAUGCCGACAAGUAUUCCGUCCGUGAUGGCGCUCAUUCGGAGGAUACCCAGACUCUCCGGUUACGGUUAUGUUUAUGCAUCUGAGGCAAUCAUCUCAGAGGAUACCACGCCUCUUUUGUGGAAAAUAGUCCGACUGCUACCAACUCUGUCGCAGAUUCUCGGGAUUGGUGGGAGUGCCGGGUCUCGGGUACCUCAUAUCUGGGUCAAGCACAAAGGCCAACGUAUAUCGACUCUCGACCUUUUCACCCGGAAAUUCACCAUUCUUGCCGGAGCGGAGGGGAAUGAAUGGUGCUAUGUGGCCCCCAACGUUGCAUCUUCCCUAAAUAUUGAGAUCAUUGCGCAUCGUGUUGGGAGUGAGCAGGAAAUUGCAGCACCUGAUGGUCGAUGGGAGUCUGCUGCAGGCAUCUCGUCAACAGGAGCUAUUCUAGUUCGUCCUGAUGGGUUUGUUGCUUGGCGCUCAUGGGGCACUCCUCUUAACAUUCAAGACAAACUUGAAGAAGUUUUGACGAAAGUGCUAUGCCGUUGA